AACCUCAGCCUGGUAUCUAGGACUGAACCGGGGGACUGUUUAGAAACUGCUUGCAAAAGAAGAGCAUCAUGAAGUGGCUGAUCUUCGCCUUGGUGUGUCUCCACCUCUCAGAGGGGAUGGUGAGAAUUCCCCUGAAGAAAUUCAAAUCCAUGCGGGAGGUAAUGAAGGAGAAGGGCGUACUCAGGGACUACCUGAAGAACCACAAGUCUGACCCAGCCAGCAAGUACUUCAACAACUUCGCUGUUACCUAUGAGGUCCUGUCUAACUAUCUGGAUAUGUCCUACUAUGGGGAAAUCAGUAUUGGAACCCCACCCAAGAACUUCCUGGUUCUCUUCGACACCGGCUCAUCCAACCUGUGGGUGCCCUCGAUCUACUGCCAGAGCCAGGCCUGCACCACCCACACUAGAUUCAACCCCAGCGACUCCUCCACUUACUCUUCCAAUGGACAGACCUUCUCUCUGCAGUACGGCAGUGGCAGUCUCACUGGAGUCUUUGGCUAUGACACCGUGACAAUCCAGGACGUUUCCAUCACAAACCAGGAGUUUGGCCUGAGUGAGACCGAGCCUGGCACCAGCUUUGUCUAUGCUCAGUUCGAUGGGAUCCUCGGUCUGGCUUUCCCUGCUAUUGCUGCUGGUGGUGCCACCACCGUGAUGCAAGGUCUGAUCCAGGAGAACCUCAUCAGUGCCUCGCUCUUCAGCUUCUACCUGAGCGGGCAAGAGGGCAUUCAGGAUGGUGGCGAACUUCUCUUUGGAGGGAUUGACUCCGAUUUGUACUCUGGUCAGAUUGUCUGGACGCCUGUCACCCAGGAUGCUUAUUGGCAAAUUGGAAUUGAAGGUUUCUCUGUUGAUGGACAGUCCAGUGGCUGGUGUAGCAGUGGCUGCCAGGGGAUUGUGGACACUGGAACUUCCCUCCUCACUGCUCCACAGUCAAUCUUUUCGCAGCUGAUGGAGGACAUUGGCGCUCAGGAGAACAGCGACGGUGAGUAUGUGGUUAGCUGCAGCAGCAUUGACAGCAUGCCUACCAUCUCCUUCACAAUCAGUGAAACCAGCUUCCCGCUGAGUCCCUAUGCCUACGUGCUCCAGAGCGAUAGCACCGAAUGUGUCGUGGGUAUCUCACCCACUUACCUGCCAUCCCAGAACGGGCAGCCCCUCUGGAUCCUGGGUGACGUCUUCCUCAGGUCAUAUUACUCUGUUUACGAUCUCGGCAACAGUCAGGUGGGCUUUGCCCCAGCAGCAUAAGCACCACCGACUGUCUUCCAUGGUGCUCCGAACCGUCUCCUGUCUCUCCUCCAACCUACUGGGCUGACACACUCUGGUCCCCCCAUGCCUCUUUCCAAGGAUUUUGAAUGUCUCUCUGUACUGAACUUCUGCAAAUUUCUGAAGCCUCUCUCCAGUGAAAUCUGUGCUAUGGAACUCUGGGCUCCCCUUCAAAGGUGACUGUAA